AAGGUCAUCGAGGAAGAAGGUUCCUGUGGAAUUGACAUUUGUAGCGUGUUUUAAAGCUGUGGACGUCGGAUGCGCAAUGUCCCAGCAGUCUGAAACAGGUUGCAGGAACCCCGGACGAUCAGGACAAACUGUCUUGGAUCCCAUGGGAGUUGACUACAUUCCCACAGAGGAGGAGAGGAGAGUUUUCAGAGAGUGCAAUGAGGAGAGCUUUUGGUACAGAUCUCUGCCUAUAUCAGUCGUCAGCAUGGGACUAACUCAGUUUCUGAUCUCCAGAGGUGCGCUCACGGCCUCCGGUAGAUUUGGCUCUUUGCCCAAAGUAGCCUUUGCUGGUGUUUGUGGUUACAUUGGAGGUAAGAUAUCAUAUUUGAAGACUUGUAAGGAAAAGUUCAAAAGCUUGGAAAAUUCUCCACUUGGGGAGGCACUGAAACGGAGAGAGCAGCAUCGCCCACCAAUGCUUACCCAUGAACAGACCGAGUUACAUGAUGCAGACAAAACUGGCUUUGGACCGACGUCUCAACUCGAUGAUCAAAGAAAUCAGUCGUUCUCCUAUGCAAGAGAUUUCACAUACGACGAUCCCAUAAUCUCAGCAUCUCACUCUGACACCCACAUACACAACAAACCCGUUCUGUAUGAAGAUUUACAGAGUAAAGAUAAAGAAAACUAUGACAUCACAGUAACUCAGAAAGCUGAAAAACAGCUAAAGCAUCCACCUGAUGUCACCUCAGCCAAGAAAGGAAAGAAGAAUAUAUAUGGAGACACAUGGGAGGAGUGAGCUCUGUAUGAAGCCUUUCUGUCAAGAUUCAAUGUCAUUUUAACUGUGUUGUGAGUGAUGCUUGUCUACUUAAAAAACACUG